CUGGUCAGGCGCGUGAGCGCCCAUGGAAGAUAGUAAGUUGUGAAUAAACUGCUCGAUUGGUCAUCUUAAAAUUCUGUACUCGAUCCAACUUGAGAAGAGCAGCCAGUGCUUGCACUAACCCAAACUAAAAUAGAAACAAGUAAGAGUAAAUAAAUAAACGAUGCUGAACUUACAGCUAGGUGUGAUUAAAUUGUUGGUGCUUGGUUUUACUGUCUCCACUGUUACGUCAAGUAUCACCGAUGUCCCAGUUUUAAUUUGGGGAGGCGGCAGCUCCACAAAAUCAAUCACCAAGUCCUUCAAUUUAUUUGACAAGACGUCGCAGAAAGACUUUAAGGACCUAGUGACCAAAAAAGUUGGAGAUUCUCAGCUGCCAAUAAUUGUUUUCUACCGGGAUAGUUUCUGUCGUGAGGAUGUUACGUUGCACGACUCUGACCAAUGGAAGCAGCUUGAAAAAUUCGGCUCGCUGGAAUACGUUCCAGAAGUCGAGAGCCCGCUGGCUGUCCUCGAGGCUCUGCAGUUUUACAAUCAAACUGUAGACGAGGAUCUUAACUCGGUGUCUAAUGGCCAGCUUGCUAUCAACAGAGCCAAUGACCUUGAGUACGUUGCUGAAACUUUCAGGAUGCUCAAGGAGUCCAGUCCUUAUUUAGUUGGAAUACUUACUGGUAAAUCUUGCCAAAGGUCUGAUCGGAUUAAAAGAGCUGCUUCUGCUGAGCCUCUGGCUCAAAAUGGAAGCGAUCCGAUAUUUCAUCAGUCAGAACGAGUGUUGUUUUAUCUUGAAAAUCCACCAACUCUUCAGAUGAAAGGUUCAAACUUCCUGAGCGUUGGCCAGCCAACAAAAGCCGAAGACGAAGGCAAGGGCACUGCUGACUCUCCACUGGUCAUAAGAAUGGACUUUGACGUCACUGGGAACGACACCACGUCAUACAAAGCCAGCCUUGCCUUCGAAAUAGUAAGCAGAACCUUUGGGUACUACACCCUGCACCGAGUUAAUGUCACCCGAGACAGCAAAGAGUACACACUCAACACCCGAGAAAAUAUCGUAUGGCCCAACAAUUUUUCUUACCAUUGCGCGCAAGUUGUUCAAUUUUCCAUGCCUAAAAUAAACGACACCGAGGAAAUUAAGUUGAACUUGUACAAUUUACAAGUUCAAUUAUUCGCUAAAAAAUUCGGUGACACUUACGACUGCGUCGGCUUUACGUCGAUAUCCAUCUGGUCUGGGAUCUUCGUCACUUCUAUCCUGGCUCUUAUUAUGAUCUGGGGUCUUGUCAUGAUGAUGGAUAUCCGCACAAUGGACAGAUUUGAUGACUCUAAGGGAAAAACAAUUACAAUAUCUGCCCAAGAAUAAAAUUAAUUAAUUAAUAAAUAAAUUUAUAAAUAAUUAUAAUUACAUACUCGUAUUGCAUAUUAUCAUGUAAAUAUGUCUGUAAGUCUUGUAUAUUUAAAGCUCGUUGAUUCUCUAGAUUUUAAGAGCGAAUAUUUUUUUUUUUUUUCAAUAGAACAAUUCGUUUGAAAUUUUUCUUUUUCUUCUCUUCU